GCAGCACUGCUGAGCUUCACAUCAUUUCAGCGAAAAAGAAGUAUCAAGAAGAGUGGAGUUUUCUGUCUGCCCACCAAGAUUGCAUUGGAUAUUCCCAUCAACCCAAUCUGGAAAGGUUGCAGCAACAGGGAGAACUGGUGACAAUACUUGGAGUGAGUUGGGGAACUAUCAGAUCUGCCGCCUGUCCCAAAAUAGUCUGGGAUCCAGAAGGGCUCUCCAGGAUCUAUUUUACUGUUCAAGGUCCAUCAUGCCUCCUUGAAGACUGUGGUUCUGCUUUAACGUCUGAUGUGAUACGCUGGAUUCUGCAGUGCCACUGCGGGUCUGUGCUGUUGGCUCCUAGCUUAGAAUGGUGCCUACUGAGAAGAAGGUUGGUGGCAGUGCCAUUCUUUUCUGCAGCUAUCUUGGCUGUACAACUUGCCCUGCCCGAGCAAGACUUGGGAGCUGGUGAACCUUGCACAGGCAGUUGGGGUAUGGCCUGGUCUGGGAAUGAAUGGGAUGGAGCCACAGCAAAAUGGAUCUAGCAAUCAGAGUGAGCAGGCACCUACCAUCUUUCCUUACUCGCCUCUGGACACAGCUCUCAUCCUUGUGGCAGUUCUGACUGUGGCUCUUGUGACACUUAUAGGGAAUGUGCUGGUUGUAUUAGCUGUAUAUACUAGCCGCGCCCUUCGGGCCCCACAGAAUCUCUUCCUGGUGUCUUUGGCUACAGCCGAUAUCCUGGUAGCCACCCUCAUUAUCCCGUUCUCCUUGGCCAAUGAGGUCAUGGGCUACUGGUGCUUUGGCCGCCUUUGGUGCAGUUUCUACUUGUCGCUGGACGUCCUCUUCUGUACCGCCUCCAUCAUGCAUCUCUGUGCCAUCAGCUUGGAUCGCUACUGGGCAGUCACCCGAGCUGCCCGAUUUAACCUGAAAAGGAGCCCCCGGAGGGUCAAAGGUAUGAUUGGGGCCGUCUGGGCCAUUGCUGCCUUUGUAUCCCUGCCACCAUUGUUUAAAUCCAGACACCAGGAGCAGGUCUGUCUCCUGCAUGACGACACCUGGUAUGUGCUGGCCUCCUGCACAGCCUCCUUCUAUGCCCCUUGCCUCAUCAUGGUUGCUGUCUAUUGCCGGAUUUAUCAUGUGGCCAAACAUAGGAACUCAGUGGUCAUUGCAGCGCGGCGGGUGUCCUAUCCCAGCUUCAUCCCUGUGGCCAAGUAUGAUCCCUGCAAGGGGAGCACCCAGCCUCCUGGGGAAAUGCAGAAGAUGGGGAUGGAGCCAGGCCAGUUUCCUCGUCCCCAGCCUAGCUUGUCCCAGCUCUCUCGGCAAUGGAGAGCAGAUGACGGUGGCAACAGCAGUGCUCGGCCACCAAGGACCCCAAGGCUUUCUUGGUCAAUUCCCUCCAGUCUCCAUCAGCGCAGAAGCAGGGACAUGUCCCUCUCCACCAAUCGGCUGAUGCAAGCCCGGGAACGCAGAUUCACUUUUGUCCUGUCUUUCAUCAUUGGAGCGUUUGUGCUCUGUUGGUUCCCGUUCUUCUUUACCUACAGCCUGGAAUCUGUGCUUGGGGAAGGCUGUUGCAUCUCCAAGCCCCUCUUCAAAUUCUUCUUCUGGAUUGGAUACUGCAACAGCAGCUUCAACCCCAUCAUCUACACUGUCUUUAACCGUGACUUUCGCAGAGCCUUCCAGCAACUCCUGUCUCCUGCCCACUCAUUCCUGUGCCGAAAAUGAGGACUCUGCUAGAGGGUUGUUGGGGCCUGAGAGAGGUGUGAUGGACAGGGGGCUGGCUACGAAAUGUCCUCCUGGGGUCACAGAGAAGGUAACUGGUGGAGGUUGGGGAGCAGAGUAUUUCUGCAGCCGCUUUUUACUGAAGACCUCCCCACCCUCAAGCAUGCGUGUAGCAUAAAUGCAGAAAUGCCACAAGAAGUAAGAUUUCUGUGAGCCAGUUGAUUGGCAAGAGUCAGUCUUACACUCCUGCCUGCUUCUCUAGCUUGUUGUGGUUGCCUGAUCCAUUGUUCAGCAAGCUAAAUAAUGGAGGUAGUGGGACUAGGGUGUGACUGAGGUGAAAUUAUUGAUGUACUAUAAUGUCUACUAUGGCAGCCUUGACUCCCUGUGGCAGACUUCCUCAAAAUUUUGGCCGUUGCUGUAAUAAACCAGCAGGUGUAUGUGCUGGGUUUUGCUAACCCUAAUCCUUGGUUUGGGGGUGCAAGUUAUACUGAUCCACCUCAGCAGUUGGGCUCCAUCCAUAAUCCUAAAAUGGAAGGCUCCAAAACCAGUUCUAACUCACGGAAGCUUUGGAGGGAACGUUCAUUUAUCCCAGCUGCUCUGUGGGAAGGGGAAACAGAAGCAGAUUCUAUUAAAGGGGAUUCAGCAGGCUGAACUAUUUUGGUACUGGAACUAAAAAUGUACAGCCGAUCCUUCCUGAAUGUUUUUCUGUCUCACGUAUAUUAUUCCUUGUCAAAACAAGGGUGGUGGCAUUUGAAAGAAUGGGGGGCCUAUUAAAAUCAUAAGAAGAUCCAUCUUGUGGUCUAGUACUCCAUCAGAAACAGUGGCCAGCCAGAGGACCCUGAGGGAAAGACUCACAAAUACAGUGUGAUAGAGUUGUGAUGAUACCCUCAUGUUUUGUCUCUUUACAUAGUCCUAUCCAGAAGCCUUCUGCCUCUGCACAUUGUUUCCUUGUCACUUUGGGGCCUGGGCAGUUGGAGUUUUGGCUGACUUCCUCCACAGAAAGAGCAAAGAGGGGAGGAGCAAAGUCAUGGAUGUCCUAAGAUAACCUUUCCCAACCCAGUGCCCUCUGGACAACAACUCCCAUAUACUCAGCCACUGGUCUCGCUGACCGGGGAUUUUGAGGGAUGAUCACCCCAUGCAUCUGGAUGGAGAAUCCAGUUGGGAAGAACUCUCCUAAGGGCAGUAGAGUAGACAACUUGAGCAAGGAACCAAUUUAUCCUAGGGAGGUCCUGGGGUUGCAGAAAGGCAGGUGGGUGGAGAGUGAGGAGGAGAAUAGUGGGUGACGGUACGUAUAUUAUUUGGUGGUGUGAAGCUGCCGCUUUCAGAGUCCUCUGCCUAGCCUGCCUGCUGGCCCAGUGGGAGCUGGGCUCCACAAGGGAGAUGCUGUACAGCUUACACAGCCACCUGGCUCAGGGAAACAUUACCCUGAUCCUGCUUCUGGGCAGAUGCCAGGGGUAGGCUUUGGCAAAGAGGUUCCUGUCGGUACAGGAAAGGUGUCUGCCCUUCAGGUGUUAUGAGGGCAGUUGCCUGCCUCCAGCAAUGAGGUUUUUCCUGUUGUUCCGGUUUGUUGAGAUUAGUUUCCCAGGCUGAAGCUGGUGCCACAGCCAAGCAGCCUGCCAUCGCUUAGGCACUUCCUCCCAACAAUCAGCUUGAGGGGUCUCUUUCUCAUGCCCCCAUAUGCUUAGCAGAGUAACACAUGCAGUUGCCCUGAGUCCCACAAGGUGCAGUUUCAGGUCCUGGGCUCCUGCCUCAUAUUCUAACCUUAACCUUGUUGUCUUAGCUUUUAAUAGCUGUGUGCUGAAUAGACAUUCAACAGAUGUAUC